AUUAAUCCUUUAGAGGGAGUUGGAGAGUUAAGCUACUGUAAUUUCUCUGCAGUUGGCUGCAGUAAACAACUGCUCUAAAGACACGAGGAAAAAAAUUGACGGAGGCCAAAGCAAUCCUCUCGCAGUGCCAGGCCUGGCAUCGCGGUGUGGGGCUGAGCUCAGCACCGAGGUGGGGCAGCACCCAGCCCUCUGCAGGGCGCUCAGAACCCAGCGGGACUCGAUGCCUCCUGCGCCUGUUGGAGAGAAAAUGUGCCAAGGGAUUGGCUCUGAGCGCCUACCGAGUCAUAGCCUUCUUUUUGUGUGUGUGCUACCUGCUCCUCCCCGUGCAUGAGGAGCCGCGAGCCCGUGUCAGAUGGGGAGAAAAAGGACUGUUGAGGCAUUAUUUUGGCUUUGCUUGAAGGCGGCUCGGUGCUGAGGGCGGCUGGGCGGUGAGCAAACAGUGCUGAGUAAGGGAGAGACAAGGAAAGACGCCUGCAUGAAGACUGAACUGCUGAAAGAUAUCACCAACAACAAGGAGGAAGGGUUCAAUGCCAUGGCUGCGGAUGAAAGUGCUACAGAAAAGCAAGCGGGGGAACCAAAAAUGGCUGUAGAUGGUGAAACCAACGGUUCCUGUGAGCACGGCGAGGCUGGGAGCCACCCAAACCCAGCGAAAAACACUCAGGACAACACGAAAGUGAGCCAGCAGGACUCUAGUACUAAAUUAAAUAGGAUAGCAGAAAAUGGCAUUUCAGAACGAGACGGUGAGACUGGGAAGCAAAACCAUAUGAAAGCUAAUGACUUCACACAGACUUCUCUAACAGGGAGCAAUGGAUAUAUUCUAACCAAGCAGAUGGCGCAGGAGCAACCUCUAAGGACUACCAGCACCUUUGCUUCUCUCACUGGCCAUGCUGCAAAAACCCUUCCAGGAGGAGCAAGCAAAGGGAGAACUGUGGGCACCUUUUCUCAGAUGCAAGCCACGAUGCCAGCCAAGCUCGGGGAGGGCAGUAAGGACAUGGAUGCUAAAAAAGCCACUGCUGCUAAUGCUGAAGUCAAGGUCCACAGAGCACGGAAGACAAUGCCUAAACCCACCCCUAGCCUGGAAUUGCUUCCUGAAUUGGGAUCGAAGCUGAAUCUUAAACAGCAUGCAAGUAAAGACCCCAAAGAUGGGAGAGAAAGCAGAGAUCAAAAAGAAUCUAAAGAGGAAGGCAACAAAAACAUCCUGGAAUUUGGGAAGCCGUUGCCGUUGCCCUCUCUCCCGGGCCUUCACCAGUCACUACCUCAGAACCAGAGCUAUGUGGCCACCUCCAAGUCGCAGACGGCUGCUGCAGUAUCUCGAAAGAAAAAACGGAGAAUGGGAACCUAUAGCCUGGUUCCCAAGAAAAAGACCAAAGUGUUAAAACAGAGAACAAUGAUUGAGAUGUUUAAGAGCAUAACUCAUUCCUCUGCGGGUGCCAAGAGUGAAAAGGAGCUAGGUGAUGUCAGCCCUCACGUGAAUGGGGAGAGCAUAGAUGUAGACUCUGAAGAGGAAGACUCUGAUGAGUUGGAAGAUGAGGACGAUCACGGAGCAGAACAGGCAGCUGCAUUUCCUGCAGACGAUAACAGGACCUCUAAAGACAGCGCGUCUGACGCAGACAAUGUCAGAAAGAUUGAUGAUGGCGACUCUGAGGAGGAUCAAGAGUCUGCAGAGUCUGGAGAGGAUGAGGAGGAUGGAGAUGAAUCUGACUUGAGCUCGGAGUCCAGCAUUAAGAAGAAGCUGCUGAAGAGGAAAGGAAAGACAGACAGCCCAUGGCUGAAACCCACCCGCAAGAGGAGACGGAGGAAUAAAAAGAAACAAGCCAAUGUGCUAGGUGCUGAAGCCUAUAAAUCAUCGUUGGGAGGCAGAGAGGGCUCUGCCCAGGAUAACAGCAUGGAGUACAUGGAGGUGUCUCUGGAUUCCUUGGAUCUGCGGGUGAAGGGAAUCCUCUCCUCGCAGGCGGAAGGUCUUUCCAAUGGUCCUGAAGCAAUGGAAGUAGACGGUCUCCAGGAAGUUCCCCUCUGUAGCUGUCGAAUGGAAACCCCCAAAAGCAGAGAGAUCACCACGCUAGCCAACAACCAGUGCAUGGCCACCGAGAGUGUGGACAAUGAGCUGGGCCGAUGCACAAACAGUGUGGUUAAGUAUGAACUGAUGCGCCCGUCUAACAAAGUCCAGCUUUUGGUGCUGUGUGAGGACCAUAGAGGGAGGAUGGUGAAACACCAGUGUUGCCCUGGCUGUGGAUACUUUUGCACUGCAGGCACUUUCAUGGAGUGUCAGCCUGAGAGCAGCAUCUCCCACCGUUUCCACAAGAACUGUGCCUCCCAGGUCAACGACACGAGCUACUGCCCACACUGCGGGGAAGAUGCCUCCAAGGCAAAGGAGGUGACAAUAGCAAAAGCAGACACGACUUCCACGGUGUCGCUGACCUACGAGCAGCAGAAACCAGCAGCAGUGGAAGGAAGGGCUGACACCACGACGGGAAGUGUCACUGGAACGCGGUUGUCUGAGGAAGACAAGCCAGAAAGUUCGGCUGCAGAGGGAUUUGACUUAGCUGGAUCUUCAGUUUUUCCAAAGCCUACUACCAGCCUGACCCAGGGACCAGUUAAAGAAACUCUGGAAAGUGCCCUGAUUGCUCUGGACUCUGAAAAACCCAAGAAGUUACGGUUCCAUCCAAAGCAGUUGUACUUCUCUGCGAGGCAAGGAGAGCUGCAAAAAGUCCUGCUUAUGUUGGUGGAUGGAAUUGACCCUAAUUUUAAAAUGGAGCAUCAGAGUAAGAGAACCCCUCUCCAUGCUGCUGCUGAGUCUGGCCAUGUGGACAUCUGCCAUAUGCUGAUUCAGGCUGGUGCGAAUAUAGACAGCUGCUCUGAAGACCAGCGGACCCCACUGAUGGAAGCAGCUGAAAACAACCACCUGGAAACUGUGAAAUACCUUAUCAAGGCUGGAGCACUAGUAGAUCCUAAGGAUGCGGAGGGCUCCACGUGUCUGCACUUGGCUGCCAAGAAGGGGCACUAUGAUGUUGUUCAGUAUCUCCUGUCCAUAGGAAAGAUGGAUGUCAACUGCCAGGAUGACGGAGGCUGGACGCCGAUGAUCUGGGCCACUGAGUACAAGCAUAUCGAGCUGGUGAAGCUACUGCUUGCAAAGGGGUCAGACAUCAACAUUCGAGACAAUGAGGAAAAUAUUUGUUUGCACUGGGCUGCUUUUUCUGGCUGUGUUGACAUUGCAGAGAUUCUGCUGGCUGCUAAGUGUGAUUUACAUGCGGUGAAUAUUCAUGGAGAUUCCCCCCUGCACAUUGCAGCCAGAGAGAACCGCUACGAGUGUGUUGUUCUGUUUCUUUCCCGUGGCUCGGAUGUCACUUUAAAGAACAAGGAGGGUGAGACUCCGCUCCAGUGCUCCAGCCUUAACUCUCAGGUCUGGGUGGCUCUACAGAUGAACAAAACACUCAGAGAAUCAUCGACUGAGAAGCCUGUCCAGAUUGAGAAGGUAGUGAGCAGAGACAUUGCCCGGGGCUAUGAGAGGAUCCCGAUUCCCUGUGUCAAUUCAGUGGACAGUGAGCCUUGUCCUAGCAACUACAAGUAUGUCUCACAGAACUGUGUCACCUCCCCAAUGGACAUUGAUAGAAACAUCACCCAUUUACAGUAUUGCGUGUGUAUAGACGACUGCUCCUCCAGUAACUGCAUGUGUGGCCAACUCAGUAUGCGCUGCUGGUAUGAUAAGGACGGCCGACUCCUGCCUGAGUUCAACAUGGCUGAGCCCCCGCUCAUCUUUGAGUGCAAUCAUGCCUGCUCGUGCUGGCGGACCUGUAGGAACCGGGUGGUGCAGAAUGGGCUCAGGACUCGAUUGCAGCUCUAUCGGACGCAAAAGAUGGGCUGGGGCGUGCGAACGAUGCAAGACAUUCCACUGGGAACCUUUGUGUGCGAGUAUGUUGGUGAGCUGAUAUCUGACUCCGAGGCAGACGUCCGUGAAGAGGACUCCUACCUCUUCGACCUUGACAACAAGGAUGGAGAGGUGUACUGCAUAGAUGCCCGUUUCUAUGGCAACAUCAGCCGCUUUAUAAACCACCUCUGUGAGCCAAACCUCAUCCCCGUGCGAGUCUUCAUGUCUCACCAGGACCUCCGCUUUCCCAGGAUCGCCUUCUUCAGCACGAGGCACAUAGAGGCUGGAGAAGAAAUUGGCUUUGACUACGGCGACAGGUUCUGGGACAUCAAAGGCAAGUUCUUCAGCUGUCAGUGCGGUUCACCCAAGUGCAAACACUCGAGCUCAGCGCUGGCCCAGAGGCAGGCGAGCACCUCGUCCCAGGACACGCAGGAAAAUGGGCUCCCCGACACCAGCUCUGCCACAGCAGCCGGCCCCUUUUGAGGCUCCGCUCCUCAGAGACUGACUCGUUUUAACCCUAUAGAUUCACAUACUGUCUGAAUUUUCCAUUUAAAGAGAGAAAACCCGCUCGAGGAAAGCCAGGGCUUCGUGACACUUAGGGCUGUGCCACCGACUGUUACUUGAGGAAUAAGUGAAAGCAAAUCUCACCUCUGUGGUGUUGUUCUCCCCUCCUGGUCCUGGAAAGCUGCUGGUUCUUACCGUGCCGAGGGGUGGCUGUUGCAUUUUUUUCCACGCGAGCUGUCCUGGCCUCCAUCUCUUAAUGUUCUUAAGUGUUGUCAGAGCCCAGGGAGAGCCGCCCGUCCUCUGAACGUUGUUAAUUGAAUGGAUCGCUCAUGCCAAGUCAUCUCCAGUUCACUUGUAAUAAACUUUGAGUACUUGAUGGGACUUUGUUUCUAGAGGCCGGGGGGAGCAGGGCGGGAGGGAGGCGCUGGCCAGGCUCUGCUGGUUGGUUUCAUUGCUCAGUUUGGUUGAAUUCCUCCCUCAUCUCGCAGGACGUCGCGGUGGGGCCUCUCAUAGAAUCGUUUGAGUUGGAAGGGACCCUUAAAGGUCAUCUGGUCCAACUCCCGCUUGCCCUCUGCGUUUCUAACCAAUGCCUCCUCGUCACCCGUUGGCUUUUUACUCUUCCGAUGACAAGAAAUCCACCACGUUUGACCCCUUUGGUCCCUGAGCCAACCAGAGACGCUUCCUCAAACCCCUCUGCGAAGCCCUCCGGCUCCAUCCAGCUCCCGGCCACGCGGCGGAUCCAGCAUUUGCUUCACCAAUGGAAGGAUCUCCCUCUCCUGCGGCGGCUGUAGAGAGGGAGCGUCGAAGGGGAUUUGUGCGAGACACUAACUGCUAAAGGAAAUCACUUUUUCUAAUGCUAAAACGGAUGAGAGAUGCGUUGCAGAGACCCCCUGGGCGAGCAGCAGAGGGGCCGCGUUGCAGAGAAGGACCCCGAUGCCACCAGCUCGUCUGCUCCCAUCAGAGUGCUCAACGCCGGGCACCUUCGGUUCGUUUUUAAGCCACACGUUAUGAGGUGUUCAAUAAACUGAUUUAUUUUUUACCAUUACCGAAACAUUGGGGAGUAGCGUUAAAAAAAGAAAAAAAAAAAAAAGAAAAAAAAAAAAGAAAAAAAAAAGACCCCCCCCCAAAAAAACCAUUAAAAAAAAAGCAUUAAAAAAAAAAAACCAACAACCCCCCCA